AUGGGCCGGCCCAGCUGUGCGCUAACAGGGUCUAAAGAGAGCUCAGAGCUCCCCACGGUCCGGGGUCUGGAGAAAGAAAUUCAGCAGCGGCCGCCGCUUUGGUUGAUCGGUUGCUGCCGCCGGCACCGCUACCUGCUGAUCCCGCUCCCUUGUCGCGCACCGGCACCGCUGCUGCUCUCCCGCCUCGCACCUGCCCCGGCGGCCCAGUCCCCGCGGCAGCCGCCGCGCUGCAGGCUUGUCGCCUUGGGUUCAGUUGCAUGUGUGAAUGUGCAGGACUAUUCUGACAUUUUGUUGUUAACUCUUGUGAUUAUUCUCGUCAGGACCAUUCUGCUGGAGAUUUUUGGAUCUGGAUUGAGACUAACACGGAUUAAUGACCGGAUUCUAAGAUUGCUCUUUGGUGACCGAUCUGCUUAUGCAUCCUUUGUCAUGGCAAGCAACAUUGCAGUAAAAGGAGUUAAUAAUUGGGGCAGGCCAAAUUGGCUCCGCGUCCUCCCUUGUGCCAGUAAUUAUUUCUGCACCUCCAUCUAUGCCACCAAAGGCAAACAAUUUGACAUCACCAAGGGAAUGGAUAGAUCAGAGAUGAAGGGGCGAACAAAGCAAGUCUUUGUUAGCCAUGCCUCUUAUCCUGUAUCUGAAGGCAACAUCCUUAAGAAAACCACCCAUCGGGACGGUUCUAUAUACAAGAUAAACUAUGGUAUUCUAAAGCUAUGGCAUCUUGCUCAACGUGAUGAGACACAACUAGAGCCGAUGAUGUUCUCAAAUCCCAUGAAUUGUUUCCCGGAUAGGGAUAGAUGCAUGGUACAUUCUGCAACUGCUAUGAUGCAGAUUUUCUCACUGAAAUUGGAAAAAGCUAGUACCAACAUCGGCUUGGUACAACUAUAUGGAUAUAUAGCAGUGCGUGAUUGUCAUGAUUCAUUGCUUAAUUAUGUCUUCAAUCGUAGCAGAGAUGAUCCCAUCAUUGUGGAACAGGGUUCUCUUAUUGAGAUGACCGGCCCUAAGCGAGGCAUCACAAUGGUAGCCCCUGUUCUAGUUGAGUUUGACAUGAGGAUCAAGAAAGGAAAGCAAGAAGAUGAUCUACAACUAAUUGAUGGUGCAAUGGAGUACCACGAUAUAGUCACACCUGAGUACCCAUUCACGCAUCGGAUUAAUGGUGAUUGUGGCGCGGUUGACAUCACUUUAGCCCUUAUUCGUUGGGCAUUUGAGGCCACAAUAGAUGUUGUCAUAUCAAAAGUGCAGUGUGGAUUUGAUUUAUCCCUCAGCUCAUGUAUUCUCCUUAUGGAUGAUUUACAUGAGAUUCAACUCUUUCGUGGCAGUAUUGGUGAGUCGUGUGGCUUAAGAAGACAUGUGAUUGCUGUGGAGGAGGAUACUUUGAUGCAUUUGAAGUUCAAGGUAGGUCAGAAUAGUUGUAAAAAUGAUUUUGAUCACCAUUGUUCCUUCAAAGCGAAAAAAUAUGGGUACGACUAUCAGCAAAUCAUGCUUGAGCUUGCCUCUAUCUCAGUGAAGGUGACUUGGUCGAACUUGCAAAGCUAAGUCACUUGUUUCAUAUUCGAACUUUGGUUGUGUUACUAGUUGAAAGUAUGUGUGUUGCUACAGAAGACAAAUAAAUGGCUCCACAAAAAUGUGUAUUUCUUUGAUUAUUGUACUACCUUUGUAAACAAAUGUAAA